CAGUUGCUAGGCUACCAGGGCCCUAGCAGAAAACGGUGGGGCGGUGUGUCCUCCGUGUCCUCUGCACGGUAGUCUGCUUGGCUUCGUACCUGCCCAGAGGUGGCCUCCCACCUCGUCCAGGACUUGUUGCCACAGGCGCCGCACCUACACCUAUUCCCCAGGACGGACCGGAGCGCGGAGGCGAUCGCACCCUUUCCUCUGCCUUUCUAGGAAACCUACGCCACUCCCCUCACCCUUUUGGAUCCCCUUCACCACCUUCCCCCGGACCAGGAAGUCCUGAACCCCUGAAUUUCGUUUUUAGAGCCCACUCUCUGGGCACCUUAUAUUUCAUUUUCUUCUAGCCCGAAACAACUCGCCAGAUCCCCGUUUUUUUCACUUUCCUGCGGCGUCCUGGUGUUGGCCAUCUUUCUCAUAUUUCUCCUCUGGGAGAGGGAAGCAUGGGGCCUGCUAUGGUCCUGGCGCCUCGGGAGGAGGAGGCUGGAAGGCAUGCCGCCCUCCCUAAUUCCUCAGCUUCUCCUGUGUAAUCAGCUGCCCUCUUGGAAAUCGAGCAGGCAGGGGUUGUGGCCGGAUGCCGAUGUCACUGACUGGUCUUCAGUAUACCAAUACAGAAGUAACAUGUUCCCAGCAUUGGAAACAGAGCUAAAGCAGGAGACUCUUCCUGAUCCCUAUGAAGACUUUAUGUACCGUCACCUCCAGUACUAUGGUUACUUUAAAGCUCAGAGAGGCAGUUUACCAAACUCAGCUACGCAACAGCAUGUUUGGAAGAAUAAUCCCCGAUUCGUCUUGAGUGGCUCUUUUGGGGAAAGAGAUGAUUUGAUACCAGACCCCCUGCAAAAGGAGAAGCUUCUAUGGCCCUCCUGUCUCUCUUCAGCUAUGCACAGACAGAUAGAAGCUGUGAGCAGAGCAGAUUCCUUUAUGCUGAGUUCACCACUUCUCAAGAGCAGACAGCUUCUUCAUGAUGAGUUUGGUGAAGUAAACACACGUCUUCGAGAACCCCGAGAUCUCUUUGCCUUUUUCUCUGGUAGUGGGCCACUGCAGGCUCCAAGGUGGCCAAUAGAAUGUGAGGUCAUCAAGGAAAACAUUCAUCAUAUUGAGGGAGUUCCACCCGAACCAGAAUAUUUCUAUCAACCUACAGGAAAUGAAAAGGUACCAGAAAUUGUAGGAGAGGAAAAAGGCACAGUUGUCUAUCAAUUAGAUUCAGUGCCCACCGAAGGUUCCUAUUUCAGCAGUUCCAGAGUGGGAGGCAAACGGGGAAUUAUUAAGGAACUCGCUGUCACGUUGCAAGGACCAGAAGAUAACACUCUACUGUUUGAAUCAAGGUUUGAGAGUGGCAAUCUGCAGAAAGCCAUCAGAGUAGACACCUACGAGUAUGAGCUCACCUUGCGAACUGACCUCUACACAAACAAACACACUCAGUGGUUUUAUUUUCGAGUUCAGAACACCAGAAAAGAUGUCACCUAUCGCUUCACCAUUGUCAACUUGCUGAAACCCAAGAGCCUGUAUACUUUAGGGAUGAAGCCACUCAUGUACUCCCAGUUAGAUGCCAACACCCACAACAUCGGCUGGAGGAGAGAAGGAAAUGAAAUCAAAUACUAUAAGAACAACAUGGAUGAUGGGCAGCAGCCCUUUUACUGUCUCACGUGGACCGUUCAGUUUCCACAUGACCAGGACACCUGCUUCUUUGCACACUUCUACCCGUACACGUACACUGAUUUGCAGUGCUACCUUCUGUCAGUGGCAAACAACCCCAUCCAAUCUCAAUUCUGCAAACUCCAAACUUUAUGCAGGAGCCUAGCAGGAAAUACCGUCUACCUGCUCACCAUCACCAACCCAUCCCGGACCCCUCAAGAGGCGGCUGCAAAGAAAGCCGUGGUCCUGAGCGCCAGGGUCCACCCUGGGGAAAGUAAUGGCUCCUGGAUCAUGAAAGGCUUUUUGGACUUCAUUCUUAGCAACUCUCCAGACGCUGAGCUCCUCAGAGAUAUUUUUGUCUUCAAAGUGAUUCCCAUGUUAAACCCCGACGGAGUAAUUGUGGGGAAUUACCGGUGUUCGUUGGCUGGAAGGGACUUGAACAGGCAUUAUAAAACCAUUCUGAAGGAGUCUUUCCCUUGCAUCUGGCACACCAGGAACAUGAUCAAGAGACUUCUUGAAGAAAGGGAGGUUCUCUUGUAUUGUGAUUUCCAUGGCCACAGCCGUAAGAACAACAUCUUCCUGUACGGCUGUAAUAACAACGAUCACAAGUACUGGCUGCACGAGCGAGUCUUUCCUUUAAUGUUAAGCAAAAACGCACCAGAUAAGUUUUCUUUUCAUAGUUGUAAUUUUAAGGUCCAAAAGUGCAAAGAAGGAACAGGGCGAGUCGUGAUGUGGCGGAUGGGAAUCCUAAACAGCUAUACCAUGGAGUCUACCUUCGGCGGCUCCACCCUGGGCAAUAAAAAAGACACUCACUUUACCACUGAGGAUCUGAAGUCCCUAGGUUAUCAUGUCUGUGACACCCUUCUGGAUUUCUGUGAUCCUGACCGAACCAAGUUCACACAGUGUCUAGAAGAGCUUAAGGAGCUCUUACAACAGGAAAUCCAUAAGAAGUUCUAUGAACUUGGACAAGAUAUGGAUUUAGAAGGAAGUUGGAACGAUAUCUCUUUGUCUGACAUUGAAUCCAGCACCAGUGGUUCUGACAGCUCCCUCUCAGAUGGUCUCCCUGUUCAUCUCCUGAACAUAGCAGAUGAGUUGAAUAAGAAGAAGAUGCAUAAGAAGAAAAAACAGAAGCCACUUCAGACUAGGAAACAGCGAAACGAACAGUAUCAGAGAAAUAAUUUGAUACGGGAGUUAAAGUCAACGGAAGAUACCCCAGAAAGGGCAGGAUUUGCUUCCACUCUGCAAAAGCAGCCGACCUUUUUCAAAACUUCAGAGAAUACCAGUUCUUCAACAAUAAAAAAUGAAAAACCAAGGAUGAAUGAGUUAAAUGGAAAAGACAAAGGCACCUCCCUGGACUCAUCAAAAACGACCACCUUGAUUUUAACUAAGAAUAAAGAGACAAUGCAGAGAGAGAAGCCAGGAUUCAUAGUAUCAUGCUCCUCAAAGAACAGCACCAACACCAGCCAAGAUCCAGCUGCAGAUGUGAAGCCAAACUGGUCCAGGAGCAGGUUUCUUGGCGCAAAGAAGGGCCGCUCCACCAUGACAGUGUACCCUUCCUUGCACAUAUACACAUACCCGUAGGGGGCCUGGGCCACGCCACACAGAGAUGUAGGCAUUUAGCUUCCUUGAUGUGCUUUGGGUUAAACACACUCUGUAACGAGGGGAGUAGUGUGCUUGAGAGCUACGGUCCUCUGUGUUGUGAUAAACUGUGUUGUGCGUUCAUCGUGCACUGACCUUACACUGUGUGCUCACACUGUGUGCGUGCCUUCGAGGUGCGUACUUCACAAAUUCAAUUGCUUUUUCAUAGAGUGAAAUUUUAUUAUGACAUAAAGAAAAGCUUCUUUUAUCAGAAAUCGAAGUCACGGAACUACAGCACAGAUACACCUCAUCUUAACCGAUAGUCUCUCUAAAAUUAUGUGCGAAUCCAUUUGAAAAGAUCAAACUGUUUUACACAUAUUCUGGGAGUGCGCUAUGUUAAAAAUGUCUGUGUCAGAGCUUUCUAGCGACAAAUGAUCAGUCAGACUGUGGUAUGUCAGGUCUGCUCAGGGUGAGGUGUUCCCACAUACAGGAAACAAUUCCUGUACUACCCAGAAUUUGAUGUUGCAUAUAUUAUGUUCAACACAGUUAUAUAAGUUUUUUAACCCAUUGAUUAAAAUUCAUUCUCUCUAA